CAGUUAAAGCAGAACUAAAAGAAAAUGUUGAAUUAGAUUUAGUGCAUUUUAACUACAAUUAAUUAACAGAUAUUAUUGAAUUAAGAAACGGAAAAGAAAUGAUCUUCAUGUUGUUCAUGUGUAGUCUGACACCUUUAAUUAUUCAUUUUCUUCUCUUGUUCAUGUGCAGAUUAAAUCAGCUCAGGACUUCAUGUACACACUCUGUUGUAGUUUCAGUCGUUUGCCUCUAGAUGGCGCCUCAGGCUGCUUUUCUGACUCACUGCUGAGUCCAGCUCAGGUUCAGUUCAUUUAACAGACACCUCAGUUUUAGAACAGUCAGUUCUGACUGGAGCUGUGGAGGAUCUUAUUGUUCUGGUUUCAGGGAUGUGGAUCAGGCCUUGUCCUGGUUUUUAGAAACUCAAACACACCUGGAAACUGUGGCUGGCUGCUGCUCCCACAGCUGGAGGUAUCAGUGUAUUCAUUUAUUAGAAAAACUGCGUUGCUGUCAAAUUUCAAAAAGAGACAAAUUCAGACAUAAAUGAUGGCAACAGUGAAAACAUGAAGAUUCAGAUUUAAAAACCUGUAAUGAUAGUAGAUUAAACCACCUGGGAGUGAAUAAAUUAACUAGAAUCCACAACAACAUCACCCUGACCCUGUAUUGGAGUAUUUCUACAUUUUGGUAUUUUGACUUUUACUCAUGCAAAGCAUCCGAAUACUUCCUCCACAGCUGUUCGUCUGCUCUCUGAGCUCCCAACAACAGAUGUGGAGAGGAAAGUGAUUAAAAUCUGAAUUAAAAACUAUCAGAUUCAACCUGGUUCUCUGUCACUUCACCUGCACACCAACUCCAAACCAUGACAUUUAUUUAAACUGAUGUUUUGAUCCCAGUUGGAUCUUUUCUCUGAACUGAACUUCGACACGACUUAAAUCCGACGUGAAGCACCUUUACCUGCAGCGUCAGCUCAGACUUUGAGUCUGAUCUGUGGGUUGGAGUCAUGAAUAAACAGAAAUAGAUCCUUCUCUGUGUGAAUCAGCUCCUCUGUUAAAGUUGAGUAAUCCAUGAUUACACAUUAAGAUUAUUGAUCGUAUUGAAAACCCAAUUUAAUUGCUGUAAUCUAAUUACCUUCUCUUUGUCUUGACCUUCAUCGUCGAGACGUUGUUUAGCCAACUAAUAACGUGCAGCCGGAGCUCGGAUGUGUUUGAGCGAAAGUAAAUCUGCGGAUUGUCUUGUUAAAUCACGCCGGCCGUCCCUUCUAUUAACAUAAAAGCUUCUGUUCAUUAACCUCAGACGACUCUGCGCCUGCAGCUGAGGACGACUGGAAACCUGCAGCAGCAGAAGAAGAAGAAGAAGAAGAGAUCAGCUCAGGUCAACACGAGUGUGCAGGUUUAUUUAGGCAGAGCCUCGAACAAACACAAGACAAACUUCAGAUUAAAGAUACAGUGGAUCAGACUGACAGGAUUUCAUGUGGAGAAGCUUUUGCUGCAACAUGGGUUCACAUUUUUAUUUAGACCUGAUGAUUUGGUCUGAUAAUGACCAGGAUUUACAACAACCUGUGUCGUCGCUGCGUCCACUCUUGUUGUCAGUUUUCUAGUGGUAGAGGAGGAUGACGUCCUCAUUCAGAUUGAAAUGUUGUGUAGUGAUUUAGUUUUGUUCCUGUAAUGUUGGAGGACUGACAUGAGGUGGAGGAGAGGCUGGGACGUCCUGAGACGAUUCUGUGGUAAAACGGUGUAAAGGAUAUCUUUGUUGCUUUAGCUACAAAGACCCAGGAAGUCAGGAGAGGCAGGAGACAGGAUUUCACAACUCUGGAAAAGUUGUUUAUGCACAUUGUGAGCUAAACAGCAGAAAUACAGUGUUCGAGUUACAAACCAAUCCAUCAGGAAUGUGAGCGGAUGUUUUUGACGGAUAACGUCGGACUGUGUUACAGCUAAAGUCGAGACAAGACUGGUUUCUGCACAGGAUCGACACCACUGCAUUGCUCUGCAGUUGCACCUCCAAAACUCCAGGGGGCGGUGUGGUUUCUGUGCCACUGUGUCGAGUUUCUUCACAUACUUCAAAUGAUGGACUGAAACUGAGAGAAACACUGUUGGAUGUGAAACAAAAGUCAGUUUGGAAAAAGGUGGAGAAGGAGGAGGAAACGCGAUGCUAACGAGCCGACCAAUCACAGUUGAUGUUGUCUGCGACGCCAUGAUGUUUAGUUGCGUACAGUUUGCUUCUAUGCAAGUAUAAACUGGCCUUAGUGGUGCGUUCCAGUUCCAGUACUCGGAAGUGGGAAUUUCUACUUGGAAGUUUUGGACUGAGGUCAGAUUUCCAACUCGGAAAGUCGGAGCAACUGAAAGAGCAACAACAACAAAAUCUUUUCCUGUGAGCGUCCAUGUUUUUUCUCAGCUGGAACUCGAUCAACUCACACCCACACUGGAGCCUACGUUUCCCACAAUGCAACGGACAGAGUCCUAUAUUACAGCCUGACUUUUCCAACUGUUCUUUCCUCCUGAUGAGUCAGUUGAAGUCCAGCAGGUUUAGUGGUUCAACCCCUGGCUUGCGUCCCGGACACUGGACCCCUGUUUACUCCCAGUGGCCAAAACACGUGAGAGCUUCACAUGGAGGUAAAUGUCGUUUUUUGAUCGAAUCACAUGGUCUUCCUCUGCAGAGUUUGUAGAAAGUGCAGGAUAAUGAAGCUUUAAAAUCUUCAGGACAGAGAUUAGAAAACUCCAUCAGCUGAGGAAGACCAUGUGAUCCAGUUAAAGCUCCAGAACACUCACUAAAUGCUUUGAUUUCAUCAAGUUCAGAUGCUUUUAGAUCAGAGUCGGACUGCGCGCGGGCUCAGCCGUCACAGGUAACAGACUUCAGGUGUAUCAUCAGCUGGUCCUGCGCCUGAAGCCUCCGCCGGUGCUUCCGUCCCGUCCCGUCCCGUCCCGGUCCCCGUCCGCUGCAGAGCUCCAUCUUCACCCCCCCAACCCCAAAUAUCUGCACCGACAGCACUUUACUUCCUCUCCCCUUCACACUCGCGCGCACGGCCAUCACAGCGCAGCGCUCAUCCCCAACUCCAGGCGGGGAACGAAGACGUAAAUUAGCAGGAACCGCGGCAGCCCGGUGCACCGACUCCCCGCCUUCCUCCUCCGAGCGUCCCGGCCCGUCCGGUCCGGUCCGGUCCGGUGCGACCGGGAGGGAGCGCUCCGUCCGCCGGCUGCUGCAGGAUGCGCGCAGCGCUGCAGGGCUGUCGCUGCUCCCCGCUGCACGGAGCAGGCUGAUCCGCUGCUGCCGUGCUGUACCGGGUCACACCGAGCUGAACCGGGUUAUGUGGAUCCAGCGGGACAGGAAGAAGAAGAGGAGGAGGAGAGGGAGGGAGGAGGAGCUGUGGAGAUAAACAAACAAACAAACAAACAAACAAACAAGAGGAGGCUGAACUGAACUGAUGCAACUUCUGGAAAGUCUCUGAGCCGAGCCGAGCCGAACCACGCCGAACCACGCGAACCAGAAAACAAACAGAAAGAGAGAGAGAGAGAGAGAGAGAGAGAGAGGGAGGGAGGGAGGGAGGGAGGGAGAAGCCGGUGAGCCGUGCCAGGUCUGGACCGCAGUCAAACAUUUGGUUUUCUCUCUGGAUCCUGGUCCGGACUCCGCUGCCGGAGGCUCCGACAUGAAGCGUCCCGAGUAAAGUUUCCCACCUGCACUUUACACAGUCACUAUGGAUGAAUUCCAUCCUUUCAUCGAAGCCCUGCUGCCCCACGUCCGGGCCUUCGCCUACACAUGGUUCAACCUGCAGGCCCGCAAGAGGAAGUACUUCAAGAAGCACGAGAAGCGCAUGUCCAAGGAGGAGGAGCGCGCCGUGAAGGACGAGCUGCUCAGCGAGAAGCCCGAGGUCAAGCAGAAGUGGGCGUCGCGCCUCCUGGCCAAGCUGCGCAAGGACAUCCGGCCCGAGUUCAGGGAGGACUUUGUGCUUACGGUGACGGGGAAGAAGCCGCCGUGCUGCGUGCUGUCCAACCCCGACCAGAAGGGCAAGAUGAGGAGGAUCGACUGCCUGCGCCAGGCGGACAAAGUGUGGAGGCUGGACCUGGUCAUGGUGAUUUUAUUCAAAGGGAUUCCCCUUGAAAGUACUGACGGGGAGAGGCUGGUAAAGUCUCCUCAGUGUUCAAACCCCAGCCUGUGCGUGCAGCCGCAUCACAUUGGAGUUUCAGUCAAGGAGCUGGAUCUGUACCUGGCCUACUUCGUGCACACAGAAGCCGGCCAAUCAGAGAGCCCCAACCAGGCCAGCGAAUCAGAUAUCAAGGAGCAGCCGGAGAACGGUCACCUGGGUUUUCAGGACAGCUUCGUCACACCUGGAGUGUUCACGGUGGCCGAGCUAGUACGAGUCUCACAGACGCCCAUCGCAGCCGGCACCGGUCCUAACUUCUCAUUGGCCGACCUGGACAGCUCCUCCUACUACAGCAUGAGUCCAGGAGCCAUGAGGAGACCCCUCCCCAGCACCUCCUCCUCCAGCUCUGCCAAGAGGAUAAAGUGUAUGGAGGAGGACGUGGACAGUCCAGGAGAGGAGUCCUACUACCCGGGUCAGGGUCGGUCUCCGGGCAGCGGCAGCCAGGCCAGCAGCUGGCACGACGUGGAGCCAGCUGGAUAUAAGCUGCGUGGCUCUCUAGCUAGCUCGUUCAUCUCCCGACAAGCGAGCCCCCACGCUCCCCCCUCCAGCCUCCACUUCUCCUCCUCCCCCAUCCUGCAGCAGCCCGGCUCCUACUUCUCCCACCCGGCCAUCAGGUAUCACCCGCAGGAGACGCUCAAGGAGUUCGUCCAACUGGUCUGUCCUGACUCCGCCCAGCAGGCCGGACAGGUGGGCUUCCUCAACCCUAAUGGUAGCUCCCAGGGAAAGGUCCACAACCCUUUCCUGCCGACGCCCAUGCUGCCUCCCCCUCCGCCUCCCCCGAUGGCCCGUCCCGUCCCGCUGCCCGUCGACGCCAAGCCGCCCUCCACCUCCUCCACCGAGGGGGGAGGCAACUCACCCACCUCACCCACCUACUCCACCCCCACCACAUCUCCAGCCCAGCGGUUCGUCAGCGUCGGACCCAGAGACCCCGGCUUUAACAUCCCUCAGCAACCACAGUGGUACCUGGGAUAAGGACUCCAGAGGCCCCUCCACCCUCCACCCUCCUGUACGACAGAUCGCUGCAGCCUCCUCCUCCACCUUUGACCUUUUGACGCCAGCUGUGACACAGAGCCCCAUCUUGCCCUCCGCCCCACUCCAACACCCACGCCCCACACCUCUUUGCGCCUGACUCCGCCCCCACCAGCGCCGUACAGAGACUCAGCAGCAUCAGCAUGGCUACAGCGGAUCAAACGCACCCCGACCCCGGUGUCAAACACCCGCUCUGUAAACUGUACGUCACAGACUUCCCUGGAGACGUGGUUCAUAUGUCGACGUCCGUAUAUAGUGCCAGACCCCCUCACCCCCCUCACCCCCGCCCCAGAAACCAGACCAGGCUGAAAAAUUUGUGGGGGGGGUUGGGGGUGGGGGGGAUUGAGCCUUCAAUUUUCGGGAACGCCACAAGACUGAAUCACAGAGCUUCCCUUCUGGAGAAACUACACCCUCUCCCAUCAUCCUCUGCACCCGGUGGACUCGCAGCGGUACAACACCCCGCCCGCAACACCCCACCCGCCAACCCACCCUCCCCCCAAAUCCCGUUGGAUUCAGAUGGCGUGGGGUUGGUUUGGUUCGUAGGACGGGACGGGAUGCGUCGUGGUUUCCCGAGGGGGGAGGAGGAGAGGUGUUACCUGGCUCAGAUACCACCAGCUAACACCCCCGCCCUCCCCACCCCCCUCCCUACCUACCUAACUGAGCCCUCACACACCUCCUGUGAUGGACUCCACCCCCUCCAUCUUGACCCCGCCCCCCUGGUUGGUGGCAGGUCAGGGAGAGGGAGGAGGCUCUUUCCAAGGACAUGGACCAGUUGCUUAACGGAAAGACCCGACCUGACGGGGGAGGUGGAGGUGGUAAUGACAUGAACUACACGUGGGAGGGAUGGGGGGGUCGGGUGGAGUUGGGCGGGUGGGGGUGGGGGGGUUUAAACGUGGGGGAAGCAGGGGUUUGUUGAUGUGAAGUGUUGCGACCAGACGCUGGUGGAUCCAAGCUCGUUUAUCUGGGAGGCUUUGGCUUCAUGGCUCAUUGAUUUUUUCUCUCUUAGCCGUCAUUUCAGCCGGUCCCUCUUCCUCCUCCUCCUCCUCCUCCUCCUCCUCUAUCCAUCCACCAGUCUGGGCGAAGCUACAGCAUGCAAAAAGGGGGUGGGCAGAAAACUCUGGUGUCCGAAAACGAAGCAGGCAGAGACAGGAGAGAGACGAGUGACUAAAACUUUACCAGUGGAAUAUUGAUCAUGAGGAAAGUGCAAUUUUGUUGGCUAGCUGUUGGAUAGUUAAAUAUCUUUGUAAGAUAGCUCGUUGAAAACAGUUGUUGAAAAGUAUAUAUAAAUAUAUAUUUUUCUUCCUAGUCCGCUCACACCUCUGGGACUCUAAAAUAUUGGGGUAAAAAAGACAACAACACAGCGUUGAACUAGAAACCAUAGCCUUGUGAGAAAUAAGGGGAGCUGUAUUCACUUUUAUUGUUUAUUAUUUGUUGUUUGUUCAUCUUGUAAAGCUGUUAGCAUGGUAGAACAAGAAUCCCUUUAAGAAAUAUCAUAAUUUUAAAUUUUUUAAAGCAUUUCUUGCAGCUUUCGUUUGGUUUAAAAGAAGCAAAAAAAAAGCUAAGCGAUUAACUUAUUUUAAUGAGCACAUCAUUUUACUUUUUAAAAAAAGAAAAAUUUGAAUUUCUCAUGAGGAAAAAAAAUAUCAGGAGAAAAUAUAAUAACGACUGAAUUUAAACUUAAAAGUAAUCACGUUUUCUCUGGUUUCUGUUGGCGAGAUAAUCUUUUAAAAAACGGGUGCCACCCGGUAACGGGCUGCCCAACGAUUGGCUGGGUCUUAGAGCUCCUGCACCAAUCAAAAGCACUUAUUCCUGCAGUUGGCCAAUGGCCCGCGAGCGUGUAAUCAGGGGGUGUGGUUUAGUGAUAAAGAGGCAGAGCAGAGGGUAACUCUCUGGAAGCUUUCGUCCACAAAUAGACAAGAGAGCCGAGCGCUUCACAUGCAACUUACCAUUUUAUUAAACUUCAGUUUUGUUUUUCCUUUUCCUAUACUAUAUAUAUAAAUAUAUAUACACACACACACAUGCACACACACUCACACACACACACUCUUACGACCAUCCAGCGUCGAACAAAAGUGAAUUUAAGUGAAAAAUUUACAAAAAAAGAAUAAAAAAAUCUGCAUGUUUUAGUGUUAGUGACAAAUUUUUCCAUAGAUGAUGUAGUUAGUGAGAUAAAGACACUAUAUUGUAAACCCAACAUCAGGCACUUGCCAGCAGCCGUCUAUUAGUUUGGCCCCGUCGAGGCCUUUUCUAUCGCUCUCCUUCACAAACAACCAGCUCUCUUCGCUUCUCAGCAUCCAUUCUUUUUUAUUUCUCCUCCUUCCUCCUUCCUUCCCACUCCUUCAUCAACAGAUCAGUUCUGCUUUUUCAGGUUCCACGACGUUCUCUUUCAUCCGUACGUUAUCAGAUUGCACGAAAACACUUGUUCCUCAUCAAUGUGCCUUGAGCUAUGGUCCAGUCCUGAGAGGGUGCACAAGAUCCAAUGUGGAGAGUCUUGUUUUAUUUUAUUGUUUCUUCUUAUUUCGGUUCCUCCACCCUCCACACCUGAGAUUUUGUACGUAACUGGAGCAAUUAACGCCAAAGCGUUAAAGCUGAAGAGGAACGCUGUGAUUUCCAGAAUUACUCACUGGUAAACUCUCAGUAUUACGAGGUUUUUUUGCCUGAGCAGAAACCUCACAGGUGAAAUCUACACCAGCUACAAUCAGGUCAAUCAUCUCCAGAUCUCUGCUAACGAGCAGCAACACAGUGAAAUUUUGCGAAACGAGCACCAAGUCUGAGGUUGAACAGGACAUUUUCUGCUCUGUGGCCUGUUAGCUAGCAGCCAGGUGCAGCAGCUAAUUCAGGUUUGGUUCAGCUAAAAAGUUUUAUUCAAGUUGGUUAAAAGUUUGAUUUAACAGCAAAUACUGAUUAAUUCAAGUUAGCUAGCAGUUUUGCCACUAAAACACUUUAAAUUGGGUGAGCUAAUUGAUUAGUUUAGCAACUAAAAUAGUUUGUUCAGUUUAUUUAACAAUGUAGUUUAUUCACCAGUCCCUAAUAAUUUAGUUUAGUAGCUAAAAAGUUUGGUUCCAGCUAGCUAAGUUCAUUUUAGCUGCUAAAAGUGACUGAUUCAAGCUAACAGUUUGGUGGCUAAAAUUCAUUAAGCUGACUGUUAAUUUCAGCUGCUAGUUUAACUUAUCACACGAGUUGUUUGCUAGCAGUUUAGUGACUAAAACUGGCUAACUGUUGAGUUUAUUAGCUAAAACAGCUCAGGUCAGGUUAGGUUAAGUUUAUUCCCCAGUUUAGUGGAUAAAAAAGUUUGGAUAAAGUUAGCUAAUGGUUCAGUUGAUUCCCUAGUCCCUGAAAACUCUGUUUUCAUUUUGGUUCCUGUUAGCUAGUAGCUUAGUUUAGCAGCUAAAACACUUUGUGCUCGUUUCACUAAAUUUUGUGAUGCCAGUAUCUUGAUGGAGCAGACAGAGCGUGUAACCGCUCACUACCUGGUAGAUUGGUUCAGUUAACCAUGUUUACUCCCACCCAUCCCAUUCAUCCUGUCCUUCGUCGGAUGGGAUGAUUUUUACACCUGUUGCUGCGAAAGCUUUUUUUUCAAGUCCUCCUGUUUUAAUUUUUGAUUCAUUUAUUCUUCUACUUUUGUUCCCACAUAUGAAUAACGAGGACAUAAAAUAUGCAAUACCUGCUUGCACUCACUUAGACUUAUUUUGUCUUAUAUUGUUUAUUUAGUCUGGUUUUUCUUUCUCUUUUACUUUCAACCAAAGUUAGUGUGCACAUGACUGGCGUCGUGCUCCGUGGUCGGUCCCUAAAAAUGGUGAAGCCAGCCCUGCGGCGGCGCUCCAGCCAAGCUGAGCAGCCGUCACUCGGGGAUCCCUUUCCUUCCUUCCUUCCUUCUUUCCUUCCUUCCUUCCUUCCUGUUUCGAUAAUCUACCAGGCGGCCACAAUCCUACAUUCGGGUCUCUCUUUCCUAAAAGUUUUUUAUUUGUAUUUCUUCGGGUCACAAGCAAGCCUUAAACAAGUCCAACUUCUUCUCCAUCGCACGGAAAACAGUUAAAUCGAAAACAUUUUUGAUGACGUCCAACAUUUUAACCACGCCCCGCCCUGCUCAGCAGAGGUUUUAGUGAAUAAAUUGUUUACCUGUUCUGUGUUCAGUCCGUCUAUCAAAUUUAACGGACAGUGACGUGACGCCGUUGGCUGUGAUGGUUUGGUAGUUCCACUUGUGUGGGUUGUGUGUUUCCUCUUAGUGUGACAUGUUUUGUUUUGUCUCUGUUCUUGCCUACCCUUUAGCCAUGAGUUGGGCAUUACUUCCUUAAUUAUCUGCACUAAAUAUGAAAUAAAUGACAAUAGUGAAAAAGUACGUCAUAAAAAAAAUACAGCUUCCAGGGCUUAAAAAGAGCGAAGGGAAUUAAAAAAAAAAAUUGCACGGACAUUUUUUUUAAGUGUCACAAAAACCUUGUGAAACAGCCUAGCAUCUAAUCAGCGACUUUUGGCUGUGUGUGUGUAAGAUAACGACAAAAUUGCACCCUUUUUAAAGAAAGAAAAAAUGAAAAAGAAUAUAAAAGCAAUAGUUUGGGCAGUGUGUUGUUUUGUUCUUGUGUUGUGUGUGUAAUUUAGUUCUGGUACAAGCAGCGAAGAGACGCAGAGAAGAGUUAGCUCUUUAACGGACGGGAGGGCAGCGCAGCAGGGCCACUCGGCCCGACUGGGAGACGUGUUUGUAUGUUGUAUAGUUUUAUUAAUUACACUGAUUUUAAAGCUGCCCUAUUUUAUAAUGCAGGACUUUUGUAACAUUGAUUAAAUGAGGAAAAACUAGUGUUGUGAAUUUUCUGAUUGUUUGUAUCGAGGCCACAUUACUAGAACUGGUUUGGUUUGUUUUCUGGGAACUGGAUUUAAGUUGAAAACUUUCCUGUUUCCUUAUUUUCUUUAUUUUUCUUUAUUUGCUUUCCUUUUUUGUAUGUAUUUAAGGACAUUUCCUCUUUGAUGGUAUAGCAUAUUCCUGUACUUAAAAAGUAUAGGGCGCUGUGGUGAUAAGACCAUUGUAAAUGGAUGUUACAGUAUGCUCUAUGUUUGAAGGUUAUUUGUUGCAUCAGUGUUGAUGAAGCUAAAUCUAGGUAAUUCUGAGGAAAAUUGGUAAGAAAAGCGAGCGUUUUUUAUGCAUUUUAAAAAUUUAGUUUUAGGCAGGAGACAAUGACAUAGCCAGCCAAAGGAUGCCCCUACUAUAAAUGCAUCUAGGCAUCUUUUUUUGUGUUCACCAUUCCAUGCAGGAAAAUAAACAGCUUGAUUAUGCAACAUGA